AUGGCCAUGAGGCGCUUGCUACUGCUGCUCCCUGUGUUCCUUGUUUUGGCCGGACAAAUGGAACAUUGCGGCGAAGCACGGCCACAGGUUCCGGCGCUCAUGGUGUUUGGCGACUCCCUGGUCGACGUAGGUAACAAUGACUACAUUCUCACGGUCGCAAAAGCAAAUGCCCCUCCGUACGGCCGUGACUUCAAGGACCAUGUCGCCACCGGGAGGUUCAGCAACGGCAAGCUGCUUAGCGACAUCAUAGGUGAAAAGGUUGGGUUUAAUGGCUCCCCUCCUGCAUAUCUUGACCCACAGGCGUCAGGGAAGAACCUUCUGCUAGGAGCAAACUUUGCAUCUGCUGGAGCGGGCUACUAUGAUCCCACGACAUUUAUUCUUCAUGUCAUCUCUUUGUCACAACAGCUAGAGAAUUUCAAAGACUACACAGCUAAGCUGGAAGUGGAGGCAGGUAGUAGACAGGCUCAGUCCAUUAUUUCGAACUCACUCUACAUCAUCAGUGCUGGUUCAGCCGACUUCGCUAACUACUACAUAAACCCAUUACUUUUCACGACUCGGACAGCCGACCAGUUCUCUGAUCUCCUCAUCGGGAUCUUCAAUAACACCGUGACACAACUUUAUGGUACGGGAGCAAGACGCAUUGGUGUUUUCUCGUUGCCACCAUUGGGCUGCUUUCCCUUGGCGAUCACGGUAUUUGGCCUCGGCAGCAACAAGUGUGUGCCAAGGCUGAACAAUGACUCUGAGAGGUACAACAUGAAGUUCAAUGCAGUUGUCGCGUCAUUGUCCAAGCAGCACAGUGAUCUAAAGAUUGUGAUCCUCGACAUCAACAAACCUCUAUACAGCCUUUCCACCAGUCCGGAGGCACAAGGGUUCAGCAAGGCGAGGAGGGCUUGCUGUGGGACGGGACUACUGGAGUUCGGGGUGUUCCUCUGCAAUACCAAUUCUAUUGGUACUUUCUCAAACGCUACAACAUACGUGUUUUGGGACUCCGUCCAUCCGUCGGAGGCCGCCAACGAAGUGAUUGUUGAUUCGUUCACAAAUGACAUCAACCAGCUGGUUAUAUAAACUAGUCGUCAACCCGUGUAUUUGCACGGGCAAUCACAUUUAUUGCACAAAU